AUGUAUGCUGACGAUUUAAAGCUAUACAGAGCUGUCAACUCGCUUAAUGACGCCCAGCUGCUUCAAAAUGACCUUAACAGAGUGCAUAGAUGGUGUUGUGAUAACGCGUGGUCCACGGAUGAGGGGGAGAAGGAAACGCACUUCCGCCUGACGCUGAGCAAGAUGUCCGCUCGUCACAGCGACCAGUACACCUGCACCUCGCCUGGCGGUCACACCAACACCAUCACUAUUAAAGUUGUUAGUGUGACCUGUCCUCCUUUGAACGCAUCGUCACCUCGGCUAAGACAGUUCACACAGGGCACGAAACUUGGCCACGUGGCGCACUUUAGCUGCCAACCAGGAUUUCAUCUCAACGGGUCUGCGGUUCUCACUUGCAUGGGAGACGGUCGUUGGUCGUUUCUGCCACCUACAUGUGAAGAGACGUUUUGUCCGAUGUUGGGUUCCCUAGGCGCACAUUUAAGCGUAGUUGAAUACAAUUCGUCAUUCGGCGGCCGUGCAGUAUUCCAAUGCGCGUGGGGCUACCGACUAGUGGGUGCGCCCGGCCUCGAGUGCGAACAAGACGGUACGUGGUCCGGCGCCGUCCCGCAAUGCACACGUAAGUAGGAAUGAAUGUGCAAUUAAAUUCACUCAACUUUUGCCAGAAUUAUCAUCAUCAUCAUCAAGCCGAACUAGUCGGUGUAGCCUCCUCCACUUCUCACUGUUCAUAGCCAACUCCUUGACCUAUUUAUAGCUAUUCAUUUCGAUGCUCUUCUUUACUGUUUACUGUACGCCAUUUUUGGUCUUCCUAUUCCUUUUUUAGUCAAAUAACAAAAUCUAGCCAUAUGACAUAGUUAAUAG